AUUCGUUUUAGGUGAGGCAGAAUAUAAAAGUGAAUACUUAUAAUUAUGACAGAAGUUUUUCCGUCGUGCUCUGAUUAAGAUGAAGUGGUUCUACCUCUUCGUGGCUAUACUGCUAAAUGUGAAUGCAGAAAAUGAAAAUAAAGUUGUAAAACGUAGUUUAGUUCAUUUGCUAAACGGGCCUGCCAUAAUUUCUCAUCAGUUACCACAGUUUCACCACUGGUUACAGAAUGACAUCGCACCCUCCUACUUUGUAUCGCCGUUUUAUGGACUAUCACUUGUUCAUCACCGCCCAGAAAUUUUUGGUGAGAAUCUGUACACCCCCGAUUGCACACUACCAGUCGCAUAUCCUGCUAACUUGAGGAUUACUCCAUCAGUACCACAGGCAGUUGCCCCAAAGCCGCAGGCAGUUGCCCCAAACUUGCAGACGCAGAAUUCAUUUACGUACAAUGCAGCUCAAAGCAGACCUUCAUCACCACCACAACAACCAUUACUGUCUCCACCACCGAUACCAGCGCCGCUUCCACCACCUUCACGAAUAGGGCGCUUGGGCUCAGGGUCCUUAGGAUACGUGCACUUAGGAAAUGGAUUGUUCGCACUAGGGUCAGGCUCCCUUGGUUACACGCCUCCAGCAUCGACGCCUACACAACCCAGAUUUAAUUAUGGAAAUUUGCGACCAAAAACUGCACAAUUCUGAUCUUAAUCGUAUUAGUCGGGAUUGGUUGACUCAGCAGAUUUGCAUAGAAAGACAUGCAACCGUUAUGCAAAUAAGGAGCAGUUGACAUCAUAAAAGAGAAAUUUCGUACGAGAAAGCGUUAUUAUUAAAAUAAUUUUUGUUUUAUUAAGUGUUGCAACUCAUCCGAAUUCCUGUAUGAAUUCGUGAUGUCAUGUGAUAGACUACCAAACGAUCGUAGAACAUUGUUCGGUUGUAGAAUUGCCAACAUUAUUUAUUUUACCGUUUAGUUAACUGGAAUGCAUACUCAACAAUUUGAACACA